AUUGCGCUGCACAAGUACGAUACCACCACCGCCUCCGACUCUCUGACCUCACCUCUCUCUCCCUGUCUUUUCAGCAGAAUCCAUCUGAUCCACGAGAGUACGCAGACAAGAUCGCUGCUUCAGUCCUGCAGAAACAGUGCGUGUGUCUCUGUGAGAUGGAUCGGUCAUAGAGAGACCGCGAAGGCAAGAGCUACCUGCUGCAUCAACUGUUUUAUUGGCGAGCUGCUGCGGCGACGAGAGAUCGGCAUGCCAUGAGUUAAUCCAGGCUCCUUGGUGGUUCGUGGCUCGCGUUCGUUGCUUGCUUGGCUCAGGCGCUGCGGCCGCGGAGGCGGCGGCGGUUCUCGUGUGCUCCUUUCCCCGAUUGGCAUGCCAAGAUUCUGAGGUCGGGUCAGUGAGCGAGCUACUUGAGGUUGAUGGAGCAGCCGGCGGCGCAGAAAGACGAGGACGGCUUGCUGGGUUACGCCGUCAUGGAGGACGUUGCGGUCGGCGACCUGGAUCUCAUGGAGGAGCUGUUCAUGGCGGCGCCGGGGUUCGAUUUCUCCGACUUCUCGCAGCCCGGGCCCGGCGCGUCUCCGGGGGCCUGCUUCUCGCCGCUGUUCGACAUCUGCAGCACCACCACCACGGCGACUCCCCCCGCGCCGCCGGGCGACGACGACAGGGACGACACGGAGAGGCCCGAGGCGCGCCGCGCCUGGCUGUUCCAGCCCAGGCAGGAGGUGGAGGCCACGGUGAAGGAGCGGAUGCGCCGCGCGCUGGAGCGCAUCGCGCAGACGCAUCCCGGCGAGCUGCUCGCGCAGGUCUGGGUCCCCACGCUCAUCGGCGACCGCCAGGUGCUCACCACCUGCGGGCAGCCCUUCUGGCUGGACAGCCGGAACCAGCGCCUCGCCAACUACCGCUCGGUGUCGAUGAAGUACCAGUUCUCCGCCGACGAGAGCGCGUGCGCCGAGCUAGGGCUGCCCGGCCGCGUCUUCGUCGGCCGAGUCCCCGAGUGGACGCCCGACGUCCGCUACUUCUCCACCGAGGAGUACCCGCGCGUCCACCACGCCCAGUUCUUCGACAUCCGCGGCAGCGUCGCGCUCCCCAUAUUCGAGCCCCGCAGCCGGGCAUGCCUCGGCGUCGUCGAGCUCGUCAUGACCACGCAGAAGGUCAACUACAAUGCCGAGAUAGAGAACAUAUGCAGUGCUCUCAAGGAGGUAGAUCUCAGAAGCACUGAUGUUUCAAGUGAUCCCCAUGCAAACGUGAGCUUAAAUGUGGCUGAUACUUCUUACCGAGCAAUUGUACCGGAGAUCAUUGACGUUCUCAGAACUGUUUGCGAGAGACACGAGCUGCCACUGGCCCAAACAUGGAUACCAUGCAUCUGCCAAGCAAAGAGGGGAAGCCGCCACUCCGAUGAAAAAUUUAAGUACUGUGUGUCGACUGUGGACGAGGCAUGUUACAUUCGUGACCCAAAUGUAACGGGCUUUCACCAAGCUUGCUCCGAUCAUCAUCUGUUCAGGGGUGAGGGUGUUGUUGGUAGGGCAUUUGGGACAAACGAGCCAUGUUUCGCCACGGAUGUUACUGCCUACAGCAAGGCCCAAUACCCUCUCUCACAUCAUGCAAAACUUUUCAACUUGAAGGCUGCAGUUGCCAUCCGGCUGCGAAGUAUCAGGACUGGAAGCCUUGACUAUGUCUUGGAAUUCUUCCUGCCAGUGGACUGUAUAGAGAGCGAAGAGCAAAGGGCCAUGCUUAAUUCUUUGUCCAUUACAAUACAGCAGACCUGCUAUACAUUACGAGUUGUCAGCUUAAAAGAACUAGUGGAUGAAGGAUCAUUUGAAACAAGUACAGUAACCCCAGCAGAAUUUUAUGAAAAGCCCAUUCAUGAAAACUUGGAUGAGGUUUGUAGCAACAUUGAAGUUCCUGUGAGGACAACAUCGCUGGAAACUUCUGAGGAGGUAACUUCAUGGAUAGCAAGCCUUGUUGAUGCUCAAAGUAAGGGAGUGAAAGAAAUGGAUGGUGACCUGCCAUUUGGAUUCAGCAAGCAAGAGGAUGAAGGGUUCAGUGUUACGGCUGGCUGGCAUACUCCACCUGUCCUAGGCCCUAAAGGUACCAUCUUUUCAGGGUUUAAGCAUCACGAAGAAUAUGAGGUCAAGGAGCCUAUUUGUUCCAGACAUCCAAGCCCUUCCAAUUUGGACAAAACAGUCGAGAAGCGGCGCACUAAGAUGGAGAAAACUGUUAGCCUGGAAGAGCUUCGGAAGCAUUUUGCUGGCAGCCUGAAAGAAGCUGCAAAGAAUUUAGGAGUGUGCCCUACAACAUUGAAGAGGAUAUGCAGGCAACAUGGAAUUAAUCGUUGGCCAUCACGGAAGAUCAAGAAAGUUGGGCACUCCCUGAAGAAAUUGCAAAUGGUGAUUGAUUCGGUACAUGGUGCUGAAGGAACAGUUCAGCUCAGCUCGCUCUAUGAAAACUUUACCAAGACCACAUGGUUAGAAAGAGAGUUACAAGGGGAUGGCACUUAUCCAUUAUCUGAGCAAAAAGGUCACUUGGAACCUUCGGUUCCUGAUCGGCAGUGCGAGGGCAGAUUCACUUCGCAUACUUCUGGCUCUAAUUCCAUGUCCCCUUCGUGCAGCCAAAGUUCAAACUCCAGCCAUGGUUGUUCCAGUGGUUCAAAAUCGCAACAGAAUGGCAGUGCUCCUCAGCUUGCAGUCAAGCAAGAAGUUUUCAUGGAGGAGAAUCAGAGCUCCACACUACUGAAAGCUGCGAGCCAUGCAGAACUGCAAAUGUUUACCGAAGAAAGACCUGUCACCCUGCCUAGGUCUGAGAGUCAAAUGCUUUUAAGUGAACAAAAGCCAGUGGAAAACAUGUCAGGCAUGCAAAAGUCUAAGCCCGAAUCCCUCAAAAUAAAAGCCAUGUAUGGUGAAGAAAGAUGCAUAUUCCGACUUCAACCUAGUUGGGGUUUUGAAAAGCUAAAAGAAGAAAUUGUAAAGCGGUUCAGCAUUGGUCAGGAGAUGUAUGUGGACCUCAAGUACUUAGAUGAUGAAUCUGAGUGGGUUCUUUUAACAUGUGAUGCGGACCUGCUGGAGUGUAUUGAUGUGUACAAGUCAUCAAGUGCUCAAACAGUAAGAAUAUUGGUAAAUGCUAAUGUUCAGCCAGUGCUUGGUCCUUCCUUUGGUCAAACUGGUUUGUCCUGACAAUGGCACAAUGCCAAUCCAGGAUGCAGAGAAAGCAUCGCAUCUCUAGUUGAAGUAAGAAGUUUGACAUUGCCCUCGGUUUUAAGUCAUGAUAUGCACAGGCAGCAUAUGUAAAUACCUAUAACUUUGUUACCAUCCAAUAGUCAGAUGCCCAGCAAACCAUGAUCAACCAAUAAUCAAGUGGCCAGAAAAUUCUGUCUAGUGCUGCUGGGUAUGUGCUAGAGCUGGAAAGGAAGUGAUUGUCGGUGUUCCCUGUUAGCAGUUGGGAUUAAUUUGUAUGCAGUAAACUGCAUACAGUCUUGUUCGUGGCAGCAGAAGAUGGAAAAUUGUGCUUCUAUUUCAGUUUCAUAACUGUAGAAGUAGUCUAUUGCAGUUGCAGUUACCAAACUAGUGUACAGCAAAUAUAGGUCAGAGGGUGAACUAGUAGUGAUUUGUCGAAAUGAAGCUUUGGAUUAGGUUUAGCAGUCAUUAACAGGUUAGUGCACAGGUGUAAGUUCUUUGGGGGUUUUACCUGUUCAAAAUUGUGUAGUGUUUUCCUUCAAAGUUCAAUAUUUGAAAGAGCGCCCAGAAGUUACAGGAUUCGGAAUCAACAGAAUUCGCCAAUGCUAUAAUGCAUCCGACCGGGAAUGUUGAAAUGCCUCCUCACCAGUAGGCACAUGAUGCUCCUCAUUGAUACAUGAACAGAGCACCUGGAGCUCAAGAGCGCUGACAUGACAACAGUGCACGCAUCAUUGCAUCAAGCUCGUCCCCUUGUUCCAAGUGCAAUUUUGUUGGUCCCCGAUCAAUGUUAAAAUCAGGUUCUGUAUGCACGUCAAACAUUUGGUAGUUCUUCAUGUCUGUGCUUCAUCCUUUCAGAAGGGAUGGUGAAUAAUUUGUCAAGUUAGAACUUAGAAGACUGAACGUGUCUAGUAUCCUAGACCACAUUGAUCCAUGUAGAUUUUUUCCCUCUCAUUUUCUUUCAGCACUGUAGGAUGUUUUGAGGCAAACUGUUGUGUAUUUAUGUUGCAAAUGUACUUUUAUUUCAGAAAUCAUAAUGUA